AAAAAAAAAAGGUGCGCGCGCAGCCGACGCCAUCUUUGAAAUUCAGCAGGUGUAUUCAAUCAGUGUUGAAUCGAACGCGUUUUCUUCCAUGCUGGUGCGGUUAGAGUGCCAUUACACAAAGUGUUUUUCCUGAACAUGGCUAACCGAAAUAUGCAACAAGCGGCCACACAAAGUAACGAUUCGCCUCGACCAGCGAAACACGACACCGACUCCCCGGUCCCGGAGCAGACAGAGACGAACAAAGACAACCAAGCGCCUCCGCAGCAGCAGCAGCAGUCCCCGGCAGCCGAAGAAACGGAAGGAGCCGGGGAGGCAAGCCAAGAAUGCCCUGCAGAAAUGACUCUGGAUAUUACAAGUUUUCGAAAGCCCGGUGAAAAGACGUUUACCCAGCGCUCACGACUUUUUGUUGGGAACCUACCCUUGGAUAUCCCGGAGGAGGAGUUCAAAAACAUGUUUGCGAAAUACGGGAGUAUCAACGAGGUUUUCAUCAACAGAGACCGGGGUUUCGGCUUCAUUCGCUUGGAAACUCGGACACUGGCAGAAAUCGCUAAAGUCGAGCUGGAUGGGACCAUGGUGAAUAAUCGACCAAUCAGGGUCCGCUUUGCUACACACAGUUCUGCUCUCACAGUGCGCAACCUGUUGCCUGCAGUAACAAAUGAGCUCCUGGAGCAGGCGUUUUCUGAGUUUGGACCGGUGGAGCGUGCUGUGGUGGUGACUGACGACCGUGGCCGUCCCACUGGGAGGGGCAUUGUGGAGUUUGCAAACAAAGCAGCUGCACGUAAAGCCCUGGAGCGCUGCACGGAGGGAGCACUGCUGCUGACCACCACACCUUGUCCAGCCAUUGUGGAGCCUUCAGAACAUAUUGAUGAUGAGGAUGGACUUGCUGAAAAACUGCUGCAGAAGAUUCCAAAGUACCAUAAAGAGCGAGAGCAGCCACCACAUUUUGCUCAGCCCGGCACAUUUGAGUUUGAAUACGCAUGUCGCUGGAAAGCUCUUCACGAGAUGGAGAAGCAGCAAAGGGAGCAGGUGGACAAGAACAUUAAAGAGGCCAAAGAGAAACUGCAGGCUGAACUGGAGUCGGCCAAGCAUGAACAUCAACUCAUGUUAAUGAGACAAGGUGGGCACUAUCUAAUGAGACGCCAGGAGGAGCUGAGGAGACUGGAGGAGCUCCGCAACCAGGAGCUGCAGAGACGAAAGCAGAUAGAGAUGAGGCAUGAAGAAGAGAGGAGGAGGAGGGAGGAGGAGAUGAUGAGACACAGAGAACAGGAGGACCUCAGGCGCCACCCAGACGGCUUCAAACCAAACUACCUGGACAAUAGAGAACAGGAAAUGAGAGUGGGUGAGCUGGGCCCUCGUGGACCAAUUAAUAUGGGAGAUGGCUAUAACCAGGUCUCUCCGGGGCCCAGUGGUAACCAGGGUCAAAUGAUGGGCAUGAGUGGAAGGGGUGGAGCCAUUGGCCCAGAGGGAACUACAAAUUUGGGGACACCAUUGAUGUCAGAAAAUGGAGCCAUGCGAAACGAUAGAUGUUCACAGGGUGGAUCAAUGGGGGGUCGACCAGAAGUCGAGUCCCCAAAGCAGCAGCAGCAGCAGCAGCAGCCGCAGCCGCCGCCAUUGGGCCCUCAAGUUGGACCAUCCCCAGGAUUUGGUAGGGGGAAUCCAGUAGCGGGAGUCUUUGAUGGGCCAAAUAACAAGCGCCGCAGAUAUUAACUUCUCUGUAAACACAGAGACACAAUUACACGGGUCUUUAUUGUCGCCCCAGCCUGAGAAUUCUUUUUCUAUUUUAUGUCGACCCAUUUCCGUUCCUGAGGCUUGGAUAUGUUUGCUGAAAAAAAUGGCACAGGUUGUUUUGUCAGUUUUGUACAUAUUUGUUAUUUGAAUUUUUCCUCUAAUGCAGGUUUAUUCUGUGUACAGGACAUUGCUUUGAAUCUCCACUUACCUGCAGUGUUUAUACAUAAAAUUUGUCACAACAUAUUUUGCUCGUAUGUUUUCUGAAAUGAUUUGUGCUUGUUUGUGUGCGGAAGAUUAAGGUUUCAUCGCAUGUCGAGGGAAAGGCCUUUGUGAUUUGACAACUUUGUAGUUGCCUCGGAUACGCUUUAUUAACUUGCUGUUGGGGAUUGAAUUUAAUAAAAGAUUUAGAUUGGAUAGCUUGAACACUGUCAUCUAAAACUGAAAAAGAAGUGCAACACAAAAAAAGUCCUACUGUUGGAAGUGAACACCUUAAUAUCUACAUUUUGUCUCAUGUGCCUCAGUUUGUGGAUAUUGUUGUCCUCCUUUUUAAACAUCCUGUUACUCUACUGUAGCUGUACUUUACUGUUGCUCAGUCAUAUAGUAGGUGAAGGUUUUUACAGCUUCAGUGCAUCAUGUAUUUGAUGGAUAAGAAAAAUAAAAAAACUAAAACUGAGAAA